ACGGAGAAAAGUAUAGCAUUGAAAGAUAUAAGACAAUUUGGAAGUGAAAUAACCGCGAUGUGCUUCCAUCCUCUUGAAGAACACAUUUUCGCCACCGCCCAUCCGAAUGGGGCAAUGUUUAUGUGGGAUGCCACAACGAUGGCGGUGCUGCAAACUUUUCAAACAGAGGGCACAAAUACCUCCAUAGAAUUUUGUGCUAAGCCUCAGAAGUCACUUAUCAUGGCGGGCCACAGUUCUGGCAAGCUACAGGUUUGGGAUUACCAGAGAAAGGAAUGUGUGAUCACUCUCGAUGUGCACGAACAUGCUGUUGCACGAGUGUUCUGUCAUCCACGCUUGCCGUAUGUGUUGACUGCAUCUGAGCAAGGAACCAUCAAGGCCUGGAGUGAUUCAGAUUAUCAGUUGCAAAAGACGCUCUGCAGUGGCAUCGAGGGAUUGUCAUGGAGCCUUCUCUGUAGAAAUGACAGCAUAUUCGCGCUUCAAGGGAAGGAAACAUUACGUUUCCUUACAGUAGAUUUGAGUCCCAAGACAGACCUUGACGAGAGAAUGGAACUGGAAGCAGGAAAUGAGGGAGAAGAAUCGGACAAAAGAGUCCGAUCUGAGGAAAAGGAUAUACUACUAGAGAGGAUAAAACACUUGGAGAUUGAGCUGAGCACUGGGGGGGGGGAGAGGAGGGCGGAGAGGAGGGCCCUUGAAGAGGGGUUUGAGAAAGUUAGGCAAACACAUGCCCGAAGGGUAGAUGAGCUUGAAACUGAGCUAAGAAAUGUGAGGAUGGAGAGGCAGGCAUUACGAGAGACAUUGGGGAGGUUUCAAUCAGAGCAGGAGACGGCAAAAGGAAACUACUUGGAAAGGAUCAGACGGUUAGAGAAUGAAUUAACAAUUCUGCUGGCCCAAAAGGAGGCACUCCAAGAGAGCCUUGAGAAAUCGAAGGUUAAGGUUCAAGAAUUGGAAUGCAGGUUGGAGAUGGAAGGUAGUGGAGGCAAGAGAUUGGGUAGGUCUGAUGGCAUGCGGACGGGGAUUCCAAAACGGGACAUGCAUCCAUUCAGAGAGUUUUCCUUGGAUGAACUGAAGACUGCGACAAAUAACUUCCAUGAUAAUUGCAAGCUCGAACAGCGGCAUUACGGAUGUGUUUACGUGGGAAAGAACACACCCAUCGCGGUGAAGAGGCUUGAAGGCUGCGACAACAUGAUGCGGAAUGAGGAUCAUGUCAAAUUGACGACAGAGCUUGUAGGCAUGCUGAGAUCUCUUAGACACCCCCACUUGCAGACCCUGCUGGGAGUGAGUUAUGAAGGAAAUUGUCUCGUAUACCAGCACAUGACCCACGGAAAUGUGAAGGACUGGAUCUCCUCUCAGACUGGUGGUAGGUCACAAAGGGGCUUCCUCCCUUGGUACAUCCGCCUGCGCAUCAUGGCUCAAGUUGCCCAAGCCGUAUCCUUCCUUCACUCCAGCCGGUCCCUUAGGGGUGGUUCGAUCAUCCAUUGCACCAUCAAGCCCGAAAACAUCGUCUUGGGUGGUAACUUCAUUGCCAAACGCACAGAGGUUUAUAUGGCCCUCGUUGCCCCAGACCUUACGAAAGAGGAUGAAACACAAGGCGUGCAUAGGUUCCUUGGAAGUGAUGUACGGUACGUGGCCCCGGAAUUCUUUCAAAGUCAGGUCUUCACUCAGCAGACUGACAUCUAUGCAUUGGGAAUAACCAUCCUGGAGAUGCUCACCGGGAAGUUCAAGAAUGUGUUCGGAAUCAUGGACGACGCGGUUGAAGAUGCUGCAACCUUUCGAAGUAACCUGGACCCAAAUGCAGGAGAUUGGGAUGUCAAUCUUGCCAUGGAGGCGGCUCAGGUGGGGCUGAGAUUGCCACGUCAGCAGUGCCACGUCAGCAACAUAACGGGCCUGCCAGGGCAACUGCCCAACGAGUCCCUUGCCGCCUACAAGCAGCGGUUCCACGCUCAGAUUGAGGCUGAGGAACAACGCCAGCUGGCAGUCGAGGCUGCCCGCGUACAGGCUGAAGAGGCAGCAGCAGCAGAGCAGCUGCGACUACAGGCCGACGCAGACGCAGAUGCCCAGGCUCGCCAAAAGGAAGCCCAGGAUCUGCUGCAGCGGCAUGAAGCCAACAGCAUCGACAAACUCAGGUUCUGGCACUUUGAACCGAACGGCGACGAGGCAACACCGGAAGAGAAGCACAAGGAGUUCCUCUCCAAACUCGUGACAAGGUUGUUGUACGCUUGCAACUACCAACUGUCAGAGUUGGAGAGACAGUACCAGGACCUGACGCAACAGCAUCAGGAGUUGGCAAAGCUCCACCGCAUAGCUGUACCAGGACCAGCUGCUGGGGCUUCUAGCAGUGCACCCUCUAGCCGCCAACUGGAGGACCGCGUUGACCACGUAGUGGCAAUGCUUGGCGACAUUAGCACUUUCGCUGCGCCGACCACCACCAUCAGCAGUCAGGUGCAUACAUUGAAGACCGAGGUCCAGCAGCUGCAGUCGACGAACGUGGACGACAAUCCGAAAAUGUACAAGAUGCCAACUUUCAACCUGGAGAGGUUCGACGACUACACGCAGCAGGAUCCGGUCCUCUGGUGGGAAGCAUUCACAACGCAACUCAGGAUUCUGCCCGUAGCCAAGCAUGCGUACAUCGGCGCCCUGUUCCUGAACUCAAAGGGCGGAUGCCAGACCUGGUUGAGCCACCUGGCAACCUCCCACGGCGUCGACGUACCAGACUUGAAGGACAAAAUCACAUGGGAGGAACUGACACGGUUGUGGAAGAAGCGGUUCAUCGUCGACGACGCGCCGACACUCGCCAUCAACCGUUUGUUCACCAUGUCACAGGGCAACACUGCAACACGGGAUUGGCUCACAGAGUGGCAGAAGAUUGCAGCAGUGCCCAAUCUGGAUUGCCUUUCACUCAUCUUAGACCAGUACUCCACUUUCGCCGAGAUUAUCGACAAGGCGAGAGAGAUCAUCAAGACCAACAGGUCAGCUGCACACGAGAGAUCAACAUGGCAGCUGACCUAUGUGGAGAAGGCACGAACUGGUCCGCGACAGCAGCACUUCGCUGCAGUCCAGCAGGACAGUGGAGAUAACCCAGCAGCCACUCCAGCAUCAAGUGACGGAGAUCAGGUGGCUGAUGUCCAGCCGCGAAGCAACAACAAGUCCCGCAACAAUGGGAAGGCGAAAUCCGCAUCGCAGGCCGGAAAUGGACAGCCAGUACAAGUUCCAUGGGUCAAGUUUUGCUUGACCGAGGCGGAGUACAAGGUCCGCGGCCGCUAUGGCAACUGCUAUUGAUUCGGCCGCCUUGCUAGCGGCCUCCUGCACAUCUGGGGAGAACGCGAAUGUCNCUUGCUAGCGGCCUCCUGCACAUCUGGGGAGAACGCGAAUGUCGCAAGUUCUCGUUACAAUUACGAGGACUAUGCUGUCCACUUGGUUCCACCGCUGGACCAACCGCUCCACGUGCAACAAUCUACCGCAUGCACGGUUUCAUCACCAUCGGCAACCGAUUCGGCAGCUUCGCCGCCAUCUAUCGCCGGGGAUUCAUCGUCGUGGUCAAGACUUGAGGUGCUCGACCCAUUGACGUUCACGGACUUCCAGUGGAUGCCCGUUACCCUGACCGGACGAUUGCCGAAACCGCAUUGCAAUGUGCUCAUGGCACAACUACGAGAUUACUUGCACACUGCAGUACCGACUCCGUUGAUGGACGCCAGAGUAGAGGUUGUCGACCUUCACGUCUACAUCGCGAAGAUCGACCGCGAGUUCAAGACGCAACGGUACGACGACAUCGACGCACCAUUGCUAUACGUACGCAUUCAGAUCGGAGAGGCGACCUGCAGUGCCUUGAUCGAUUGCGGAGUAUCUCGCAACUACAUCAGCCAGGACUUCAUGGURCGCGCCGGCCUUGGCCCACGCGUCCGGAGGAAGCCCCAGCCUACGCAAGUCACAUUGGCGGACAGUCACACACACAAGUCAAUCGACCGGUGCAUUGACAGCGUCCCAGUGUACUUUGCCCCUCACGCAAGUGAGGCGGUGUCCUUUGACAUUCUGGACACCAAAUUCGACAUGAUCUUGGGCAUGACAUGGUUGCGAAGCAAGGAUCACCCGGUGAACUUCUUCAACCGCACCGUUCACGUUCGUGAUCGGAAUGGAGUAUUAGUUCCAUGCACGGUGCCUCUUCCUCAUCCUUCGAUCAGCUGCCACGUGGUAUCCGCCGCAAGCAUGCGAGCUUCCAUCAUCAGAGACGACAUCGAGGAGAUGGGGGUGUGUUUUCUCCACGCCCUCUCGCCCCAUGACGCUUCAUCGACGGACUCACCUUCGGAUCCACGCAUCACCGAACUUCUCGACGUCUACAGCGACGUGUUCAAAGGCCCGCACGGAGUAGUACUGGAUCGAACCAUCCGCCACGAGAUCAUCCUCGAGGACGGGGCCGUACCUCCGCGCGGUUGCAUCUACCGAAUGAGCGAGGAAGAGUUAAGUGUGCUUCGGGCACAACUCGACGACCUUCUAGAGAAAGGCUGGAUUCAGCCUAGCUCAUCGCCAUACAGUGCUCCUGUUCUCUUCGUCCGGAAGAAGAACAAGGACCUGCAGUUGUGCAUCGAUUAUCGCAAGCUCAACGCGCAGACGAUCAGGAACGCCGUCCCUCUCCCACACAUCGACGACCUUCUCGAGCGAUUGGGCGGCGCCCAGUUCUUCUCUAAGCUGGAUCUCAAGUCAGGGUACCACCAACUCGAGAUUCGCAAGGAGGAUCGCUACAAGACCGCGUUCAAGACACGGUAUGGGCAUUUCGAAUGGCUGGUCAUGUCGUUUGGCCUUACGAAUGCCCCAGCCACUUUCCAAGCGGCUAUGACAACGGAGUUCCAACACAUGCUGGAUCGGUUUGUACUCAUCUAUCUCGACGACAUCUUGGUGUAUAGUCGGAGUUUGGACGAGCAUGUGGAACACAUGCACACCGUUUUGGAGCGGCUACGACAAGCCAAGUACAAAGCAAACCGCGACAAGUGCGAGUUUGCACAGCAGGAGCUGGAGUACUUGGGACACUAUGUGACGCCGCAAGGCAUCCGUCCGCUUGCGGACAAGAUCGACGCCCUACGAGGAUGCGGAACAGGCCAGAAAUAGCCUGUUCCUCACGAGUUUGAGCAGGAGCUGCAGCUGCAGCCCCUGCCUCCCUUCGGCAGGCUCAGGAGGCACACCCGGUU